AUGAAAGACGUCGAGAUAUCCAUGGAAAUUGUGUUGAAGACGCCGAGAGCUCCAACCUUCCAUGCAAAGACGCCGAAGCUUCAGCAUGUUGCCCUUCAACCUCCAAUCAUUUCUACUAAAACAGAUGAUGAAGAACUUGAAGAUGUUACCAAGUGCUUUGGGUGCUGGGAACCAAUAGCAAAUUAUGCAUACUUCUCUCCUGAUUGUGGAUUUAAUCUACAUAAAAAAUGUGCUGAGCUUCCCCUCACACUUGAUCAUAAAUGUCAUCGCAAACACCCUCUCCUUUUACAAUUUAAUAGCGAUCGGCUCUCUUGCAAGAUAUGCCAACAUACCUGGGAUGAAGGGUUUGUUUAUGGUUGUUUGACUUGUAAGUUUGUUGUUCAUAUUGAAUGUUUUUCAUCACAUCUUGUUCCUGUUAUCAAAGAUGAGCGUCAUGAACACCCAUUCAGUUUGUUCCCAAGACGAACACCUUUCAUCUGCGAUGCAUGUGGUACCGAAGGAACUUACUCUGCUUAUAUGUGUUGUGAAUGCAACAUUUUAGUCCAUAAAAAGUGUACCUCGUUACCAAGCAUCAUCAAGAGCAGGUGGCAUGAUCAUGCAAUCUUUCACAACUAUUUCCUUCCAGAUGAUUUUGGAAGCUCAAAUUGCAUUAUUUGUCAUGAUGCGGUAAACCCAGAGCACGGGAGUUAUUGUUGCUCAUAUUGCAAUGAUACAUUCCAUGUUCGUUGUGUGACAAAGGAAGCAAGUUCAUAUUCUAUAGUUUCACGUGAAGAUGCAAAUAAGAUAUCUUAUGAAAGUUCCAUCACCUGUGUUUUGGAGAGGAACGAUGCUGGAGAAGCUACAGAAAUUCAACAUUUCAAGCAUACGCAUAAUCUCCAAUUAAGUUCUUUUGUUGGAGGGUGCGAAAACAGUUGCGAUGGGUGUAUGUUACCGAUAUCGGAUCCAUUUUACUCUUGUUCACAAUGCGAAUUUUUUCUUCAUAAAACUUGUGUCGAGUUACCGAAGAAGAAGCAUGUGUGGCAUCAUAAAUGUCGGCAACUCUCGUUCUCAUUUCAGUUCAUCAUAAAUGUGAUGAACAUCUUCUUAAACUCACUAAUCAUGACGAUAAUAGUUAUUCAGAAAGUUAUUAUUGUGAUAUUUGUGAAGAAAGUCGAGAUUCAUAUUGUUGGUUUUAUCAUUGUGCAAUAUCCAUUCAUCAAACUCGGGAGCAUCUAUGAAGAAUACGAUCAUCCACACCCACUCACCUUCGUCAAGAAGAGUUACUAUUAUCCUGAUUGUGAUGAAUGUCACGAGCCUUGUGAAGAUUUGGCUCUUCAAUGCACGAAGUCCGGAUGCAACUAUAUUGUCCAUUGGAAUUGUGUAGCACCUGAUGAUCUACAAAGAUGGGAUCUUUAUGGUAUGUAG